GCGGAUUACUGGUAACGCUAAUAUCUCUUCAAUUACCGAUUCUCUGAUCGUGAGCGAUGGAUUCUUCUACUUCUCUCGUCGUCAAGGUGAGCUAUGGAGGUGUGCUUAGGCGAUUCAGGGUGCCUUUCAAAGCUAAUCGACAGAUUGAUCUUGACAUGGUUACUCUCAGAGGAAAUAUUGCUUCUCUGUUUAACCUCCCUCUUGAUGAUGGUUUCUCUCUGACUUACUCUGAUGAAGAUGGUGAUGUGGUGGCCCUGGUUGAUGAUAAUGACCUCUUUGAUGUCAAUUGUCAGCCUCUUAAGUUCUUGAAGAUCAAUGUUGAGUCCAAAACUGGUUCGCCAACAAAAUCUAUUGCUCCGGAGAGCCGUGGUGCAUCUCCGGGUAGCAAAAACCCGGUUUCGGUGAUCCAGAAGGGUGUAAAUGAUGUUAUGAAGGCUGUACCGAACCCGAUUCGUGAUAGUAUAUCAAAGGUGUAUAUUGAUCUUACUUCUGAGGCGGCGGCUUCGAGCCCUGUAGUUGGUGAGCUGUUUGAUUGCAUCUCCAAGCUGGGGAAACUCUCAGUUGCUCAGGAAGGUACUCCUUCCCCUCCUGUUACUAAGCCUGGUUCUUCCUCGAGCAGGGAAGUUCCUGUUGCUGGUGAAAAGAAGGAUGUCUCUAAGAAGAAACCUGCUAAUAAUCCCUAUGAACGCACUGGCGUUGCUGAUUCAAAAACUCGUGGAAAGGGUGCUAGUUUCAACGAGUGUCCUUUCAGUGGCGGUACCGUAAAUUACUACGGUCCAAAUCCAAUGUACCUCAACAAGUAUCCAGGUGAUUACUGGACCCCACCGGGCCUCUUCCAUAAGGGCAUCCAGUGUGAUGGAUGUGACGUUGUUCCAAUAACCGGGCCUAGAUUUAAGUCUAAAGUGAAAGAAGACUACGAUCUCUGCAGCAUCUGUUAUUCGGUGAUGGGUAACAAAGGAGACUACACGAGAAUUGAUAUACCCGCCUCAGUUAAAUAUCUACCUUCCUCUAGAGGAAAACCUACCCCAUUUUCAAAACCGUUCCCUGUGCAGCAGCAACUACACUUUGGACUUGGAGACUCGAAUUUCAAGUGUACUUGGCCUAAACUAGACAGUAUCUUUGUUCUGGAUGUGAGUGUACCUGAUGGAACAGCUGUUGAUCCAUCUGCUCCAUUCACUAAGAUUUGGAGAAUGAGGAACAAUGGAUCAGUGGCGUGGCCGCGUGGCACACAGAUAGCCUGGAUUGGUGGCUACAGAUUCAGCAACUCGUUCUCCGUUGAUUUACAGAUUCCAGAGGAGGGUGUGCCUACCAACAGUGAGUUUGAUGUGAAAGUUGAUUUGUUUGCACCAAAGACAACUGGUCGCUACAUUUCCCAUUGGAUGAUGGCUUCAUCUACUGGUGUUAAGUUUGGACAACGUGUUUCGGUGUUGAUAUAUGUUGAUGCAGCGGUGAAGAGAUAUCCUUGCCUGGACUUGAAUGACUUUCCUGUUGAAAGAUUAUCACGAGAAUCUGCAGGAAACAAUGUGAAUCAAGAGCCAGCUCAAACUGGCAGCUCCAGUGCUAACAAUUGUUGGGCAAUGAAAUGUUUUGAAGUAGAACGAGUAGCUGCUGAAUCACAGAUCCCAGAAAAAGAUGACCUGCUGGUUGGUAAAGUUGAUCCUGUUAUCACUAACACACUUACUCCAUCUUCAUCUUCCUCAUCAUUCAACAUGGUUGAGCUCCCAAAUAUGCCUACUGUUGAGACCUUGGGAGGUGGUUCCUCAUCUACAAAGGACGUCUCUGUUCCUCUUCAAGAGGAUAAAGAGAAGAACAACGUCAUGAUAACAAUGCUCAAGGAGCUAGAGGAAAUGGGUUUCAAAGAGACUGAUUUGAACAAGGAGAUCUUGAGGGAGAAUGAGUACAACUUGGAGCAAUCUGUUGAGGCCCUUUGUGAAGUUGGCGAGUGGGAUCCAAUCCUAGAGGAGCUUCAGGAGAUGGGGUUCGGUGAUGAUGUGACGAACAAGAGGCUACUGAAGAAGAACAAUGGAAGCAUUAAAGGCGUGGUGAUGGAUCUUCUCAAUGGGGAGAAGGACUGAAGGAGGCUUGAGUGUGUUUUUUUCUUAUAAAUAAAUAAAACCUGAUGAAUGAUUAUUAUGUAGUGUGGUUGUGUUUGCGUCGCUAACAUCGGACCUAUUUGGUAUGUUCCUUUGCUUUUUUUUUUUUUUUUGGUGUUGGAUGGAUGAUAUUUACUAUUUGAAAUAAGUAUUAAAAUCAAG